AUGUAUACACACAUAGCUCGUGGAGGCCAAAGCCCAAAUUCCCCUCCGCCUAGCCUGACCACUCCGCCCGCUCUUCCUCUCCGUUUUCCCAAGUCCUCGGCGCCGCCGCCCGCCGUCCCCACCAAGCACCACCCGUCCGCCACCGCCACCACCUCCCUCUCCCUCUCCACCCGCGCGCGCGACGCCUCCCCCAGCGCCCCGUCCCCCUCGCUGUCUCCUCCGGCGGACGGGGUCGGCCCCACGGUGCCGAUGCGGGGCGACGUGUACCUGGGACGGCAGCUCGCGGCCGCGGCCGCGGCGGGCGCCCGCACGCGCACGCCGGAGGAGGACGCCGAGAGGCGCCGCCGCCGCAAGGAGAAGCGGAGGGCCCUGGCCAAGAAGAUGCCCUCCGGGGUCGCCUGCUGCUAUGGCUGCGGUGCCCCGCUGCAUACCGGCGAGGAGGGGUCCCCCGGCCACGUCGAGCCCGCCACCUACGACCUGAAGAAGAGGCACAACCAACUGAAGACCGUGCUAUGCAGGCGGUGCAAGCUGCUGUCGCACGGAAGGUGUUUGACAAAAUGACCAAGUAAGGUAAGAGUGGCUUUCAUAGUUCUAGUACUACUUGGCGUUUUUGUUUCUCUCUGUAAUGUACUAAUGUGACUCUAACAUUUCCCUAAAGAAAGAAAGCUUCAACUUCACCGUGGCACUCACCACUAAGUACCUAUCUUGUCCUGUCACGUACCUGAAAAUACUAAACUAAAAGGCAUUGUUGUUGCCCGAAACAGAGUAGCCCCUCCUCUAUUUUUGCAACGCUACCAUCGGGUCUUCACUUAUCCCAUCUGGGCCAUCCACUAACUGAACUUAACUCAGCCACGAUGUGCUUCCGUUCUUCAGAGUACCACCUUUCUUCAGUGAAGCUUUGGCUGUGGUCUCUCUUGACAUCAAGUAACCCAUGUUCAUAACGUAAUUGAGGUACUUCCAUCUUUGAUGUUAAUGCUAUACAUAUUGCUACUCAUUUCUAAUUUCUUUACCUGCUUGAGUGAUCAGAUCAUUAUAGUUCAAAGCAUUGCUUUUGUUUCUUGGAUUUGUAAUACAAGAGCCUGCAGUGAACACGUGCAGGUGUGGCAUGUAUGAGACGAUGGGUUCAUCCAUCAGAAGCAAGGUUGACACGAAAAUCCUCCAAAUCCAGUCCACCAACGGAGGCAAUGAAUCAUCAUUGUGGCCGCGUCGUGUACAAAGGGUCAAGGCUACCCAUGUGUCCAUGACAUGUAAUUAGCAGUUUUACAUUGGAUGUUGCUAAGCAUAUGGAGAUGCAUUUGCCUUCAGCGGUGUGAAAUCUUGGAUUCAUAAAUGGGAGAAGCACAUAAGGGAGAAGAAGAUGAUUGCAAGGAUGGAGAGGGAGCAAAUCAUUUGGAGGGAUAGAAUGCCACUGUUUGGUGUUUUUAUGCAUUUUUGUUUGCUUUCAUUUGUGUUUGCACUAGCUGGGAAUAAGUGACUAGGCAAUAAGUGUAGAUGUAUGGAUAUGCUCUAAUGCUCCUGGUUUACUAUGAAUCUUCGAUUUGUAAUGAUGUGUAAUGCUACUGGUUUAUUACAAAUCUGGGCUUGUUUUAGUUGUUUGAAUUGUAUGCAUAAAAUGGAAUUCAUGGA